GAUUGUGCUGCCGACGAGAUCUCAGUUCGGCGCCGCAGACUUGUUCCGUACAUCCAAGCGCAUCAAUUGGAAAUAUGAAGGCUCGCAUUGAAGAUGGCGUCGUCUAUUCGCCGUAUCCGGAGGUCGACAUUCCACUUUGCUCUUUCUACACCAUGGUCAAGAAGAACCUUCUUGUGAACCCUGACAAGACAGCACUGGUUGAUGACGCUACACGUCUCACGCGAGGAGAGUUGCUGGCACUGAUAGAGCGUUACGCCGUCGGUUUCCAGCAACACGGCGUUGGUCCAGGAGAUAGAGUGUGCACCUACCUGACGAACAGCGUAGAAAACCUGGUCGCCAUAUAUGGAUGCGCCUUUGCUGGCGCCACCUUGAUCUUAGCCAAAUCUUCUUUCACCGAAAGGGAACUGCGUAUUCAGAUCACCAACACCGAUAGCACCCAUGUUCUGACGGACGGGAAACUGGCUGAAAAAGUGAAGAAUGCUACUUCCACCCUUUCUCUGAAGGGUCUCUUUGCAAUGGGCGCUAUGGACGGAUUCAUUUCUGCGGCAGCCUUCAGAGACCUGGACGAAUCCAACUUCCGGGAACCUCCAGUCGAGGAUCCACGUAACUCGGUGCUUGCUGUUGCGUACACAUCUGGCACCACGGGACUUCCGAAAGGCGUCGAGCUCACACACUACAAUUUCGUGGCCACCGACAGGGUUGGCAAGUCACUGGCACUUUUUGAUGAGACGGACACGGUGCUUGUGUCUACCCCUAUCGGACAUACAACUGGCCUGCUGAUUGGGUUCAUGGCGGUGCUCAGGGGAGCAGUCUGGAUCAUUACGCAGCCCUACCUUGGUGUCAAGGAAACGGCCCGAGUUGUUAACAAGUACAAAGUCACGUGGGCGUUCAUCAUCUCAACCCACCUACUUCGCAUGACCGAAGAGAUGCGGAGCAUGGGAGAGCGGCUGGAAUCUGUUCGGCGCAUAUCAGUGGCCGGUAGCUCGCUACCCCAAGCAGCCUGCAUCGGAGCCUUUGAUGCCUUCGGCAACCUCGAGAGCAUUGGCACCGUCUUCGGCAUGACAGAGAGUGGGGGCAUUACUUAUGCGCCUUCGAUGCAGUGCGGCGCCGACUUGGGGUUUCCUUCCGCAAUGAUGGAAAUCAAGGUCGUCGACCCCAUAUCCUGCAAGAUACUCGGACCCAACCAAACCGGUGAGAUUUGGUUUCGUGGUCCGACGGUGAUGCGUGGCUACUACAAGCAUCCCGAAGAGACUGCCGAGUUCUUCGAAGGCGAUGGCUGGGGAAAAUCGGGUGACGCAGGUUACUACGACGAAGAUGGCCGCUUUUACUACGUCCAGCGGCUGAAAGAGAUGAUAAAGUGCAUGGAGAACCACGUUGCUCCUGCCGAGCUUGAAGAACUGAUACUGGAGGAACACCCUGAAGGUGUCGCUGAAGUGGCAGUGGUUGGACUGCCUCAUUCCUUCUACGGAGAGGCACCUGCUGCCGCCAUUGUGCCCAAGGACAAGUACAAGAUUGAUGACCCUUCGGCUUUUCAGGAGAGAAUAAAGGCUACCGUAGCGGGAAACAUGGCCGCUCACAAGCAUCUGUAUGGUGGUGUCUUCCUGCUCGACUCCUUGCCCAAGACUGAUAUUGGAAAAGUGAACAGAAAAGCUCUUGUUCGGCAGUUGGCUGCGAGUGCACCUUUGUAGACUGCAAACAAUAAACGCGUGCUGCAGGAAGCCAAAAGAAGCCUGCGUGUUACGUGCUUUGCGCACGCAGAAUAUCUGUAGCACCAGAAUUGCCUUGCUUGUCUAAUAUAGUUUUAAAACUUUUGUUUCAUCUUCACUGGCUGGAAAAGCGCCACAUUUACGUUAGCAACGUGAUCUGUUGGUCCGGAAGAGUGGAUGACAAAAAUGAAAUAGAAUCGUGUGGAACUGAAAGGAGAGCUCCAUUUAUUGGACGAAUA